AUGAAAAGAUUAAGUGUAAAGAGACUAAAAAGUUGGUUAAAAUGGAAAAAAAAACGUAUUUUUAAAAGAAACAAUGAUAAUAAACCCUAUAAAAAGAAUUUUAAUUUUAAAACUUUAAUAAAUUCACUUAUUCACAAUAAAAAUAAAAAUAAAAAUAAAGAUAUAAAUAAUAAUCAUAAUCAUAAUCAUAAUAAUAAUAGUAAUAAUAAUAAUAAUAAUAAUAAUAAUAAUAAUAAUAAUAAUAAUAAUAAUAAUAAUAAUAAUAUAAAUAGUAAUACUAGUGAUAUUAUCUCAAAUAACGAUAGUAACAAUAGUAUAGUAGAUAUAAAUAGUAAUAGUUUUAUAGAAAUUGAAACGGAUAAUAGCUAUAAUAGUAAUAGUUAUAGAGUAUCUUUAAAUUCAGAUUAUAAUUUUAUAGAAGAUAAUAAUUUAAAUAAUAAUAAUAAUAAUAAUAUUAAUUUAAAUAAUAAUAUUAAUAAUAAUAAUAGUAAUACAAAUAUAGAUAAUAAUAAUAACACAAAUAUAAAUAAUAAAGAAAUGUCAUUAUUACCAAUUACAACAAUACCUCCAUUAACAUUUUCAACAAUUAAUAAUGAUAAUUUAAAUAAAUCAAUAUCAUCAUCUUCAUCAUUUAAAUUUUCAAUACCUAAAUUAAAUUUUCAAGUUGUUGAUCAAGAUGAAAGUUUACCAAUACCACCACCAACAACACCACACCAAAUAAGUUUAAAUAGUAGUAAUAAUAGUUUAAGUAGUAACAAUAGUGGUAGUAUAGGUAGUACCAAUAGUAAUAAUCUUAAUCUAAAUAGUAACAAUAAUCAUAAUCAUAAUCCUAAUAAUCACACUCAUUAUUCACACCAUCACCAUCAUUCAUACAAUCCUCAUAAUACGCCAUCAAUUAGUAAUAGUAGUAGCAAUACCAAUAUUAAAGAAACAUCAUCAUCAUCCUCAUUAAAUAUUUUGACACCAAGAAGUUUACAAUAUUAUUUAAGUUUAAAAAUAUUUUCUUCAACACCAAGAUCCAAUAGUCCAAAGAAUUCGCCAAGAGGUAAUUGCUCGCCUAUUCAAACACUGUCAAAUAGAAUUUUAGAGGAUAUAUUUUAUAUGGUUUUUGACUCUAUAAUACCAUCUUUUGUAUAUACAGAUUUAUGUUUAGUAUCAAAACAUUUUCAAAAGGUUAUAGAGUCAAUGAAGAGAUUUAUACUGAUAUUGGGUAUUAGCGAAGCACAAUCAAAAUUCUGUAUACAGUGGUACCGUAAGCACUAUAAACAAAUCAAUAAAAUCAAAUUUGUAAAUAACUUUUUCCAAAAUGAAAUACUAUCAUCACAGUUCCUUCAAGUGUUCCAGGGUAUAGAUGAUGAUCCAUCUAUUGACCUCUCUGAUAAUUUUGUCACCAAGCCGCUAUUGGAGUGCCUCUCAAAGAAACUAAGCAAGAAUGAAUAUAUGCGACAAUUAAAUUUAUCAAAAACAAAAUAUUUAACAUUAUCAUCACCUGACGAGUUAAAGUCCUCUUUAGAACAUGGCACAAAUGGUAUCAAAAAUAUAUAUAUGAAUCAAUUUUUAAUAUCAUUAUCGCUCAACACCUCUAUAGAGUCUUUGGAUCUCUCUUCAUCAGAUUUUAUCAGCUCAAUGGAGAUGAUGGGAAUGGAUCCUAUAAGUUUCUGGAAUUUGGAAGAUUUAAAUCAACAUUCAAUCGUUUAUUUAAAUUUGGGCGGUCUCUCAAUUAGGGAGGACAUGGCUAAGCAUUUGGCAUUCAUGUUAAAAACAAAUAAUACAAUUACAACAUUCAUCUACAACAAUAAUAAUCAAGGUCUUCAUCAUAUAUUUAAAAGUAUUGCCAAUGAUAAUAAAACGUUAACAAGUUUAAAUUUUAGUGAUUGCUUAGCAUUCGAAACCAGCCAAAAUAUUGAAUCAAUUUCUCAAAUGAUCAAAUUUAAUAAUAGGAUCAAAUAUUUAGAUGUUAGUAAAAAUUCUUUCAAUAUAAUACCCACAAGUUCAAUAGUUUUUUUCGAAGCACUCUCUUUUAAUACAAGUUUAAAAGUUUUAAAUUUAUCAAGUACAUCACCAACAAAUGCCGAUAAUAUUUUAUUCCCAUAUUUAUUUAAAUAUUAUCAAAAAUUAAAUAAUAAGUUUUUAAAACAACAACCACAAGAUAUAAUAAUAACUAACAGCAAUAAUAAUAAUAAUAAUAUAACAUUUAAUUAUAAUUUAAAAUCAAUUAUAGUGUCAAAUAAUUAUCCAUUCCCAGACCCAACCUCUUAUUCAAAAUGCGACUUUUUAUCAUUUGGUAGUAUUGGAUCCUAUAUAACAGAAUUGGAUAUUUCAAAUUUACGUUUAGGGGAUCAAAAGUUUUGUCCAAUAAUAGAUUCACUUAUAAAAUACCAAAAAAAUAAUAUUGUAAAACUAAAUAUUUCAAUCAAUAGACUUUAUCAUCGUUCUGCCGAAAAAAUUGCACACUUCCUAUCGAAUAAUAAUACCAUUGUAGAUAUAAAUGUAGGUUUUAAUUUCCUUAGAGAAGGUGUUAUCAAAAUCUGUGACUCUCUUCAUUCAAAUACAAGUCUUCAAACAUUGAAUCUUUAUGCUACCCAAAUCAAAACCAAAGAGGCCAAAAGUGUUGCUAAACUUCUCUCCUUCAACAAGAGUAUCACCGAAUUGGAUGUAGGCCUAAAUAUAGAAAUAUCACCCAUCUUAAAUAGUUUAGAGAACAAUCAAAAUAUUAAAUCACUUCAUAUAUGUUACACUUCUUUAAAAUCUUCUUUUGUUAGAUUGAUUCAAAGAAACCACACUCUCACCCAUUUAGACGUCUCAAAUUCUUCUUUUCCAAAUUGGAGAAUUAAUCAAAUUGUAAACUCUAUUAUAAAAAACAAAUCAAUUUUAAAAUUAAAUUUUUCAAUUAUAAAUGAUAAUAUUGGUCAACAACAACAACCUCAACAACAAAAUGAACAACCAAAUAAUCAUCAAGGAGUUGCUCACCAUGUUCAUCACCAUAAUAAUAAUAAUAAUAAUAACAACAACAACAACAAUAAUAAUAAUAAUAAUAAUAACCAUAACAAUAGAAAUAGUAUAAUAUUUUCAAAAUCCUCAAAAAUUAAAAUGAGAGUUUAUCCAGCCAAACUUUAUUAUUUUAAAUAA